GAGGGGUGGGAGGCAGUGGUCUCUUUGUGUGAAGAUUGUAAAAGAGAGAGAGCGAGAGGGAGAGGGGCAUCGCCGUCUGUGUAAUUGAUAUUUGAUGCGCAUGCGGUGGUUCCUCCGAAACCCAAUCAAAACCUCACUCAUCCGUUCAAUCUCAUUUCGAGGUUUGGUUCCUCUCUCGUUCACUUCCAUUUCGAGAUCGUCAAUCCCAAUGGCUGCAAUCCACAAUCACAACAGCGAACCCGGGCUUGCCAGACGCUUUUGGAUCAAAUUCACUCGCGAAUCCAUCUUCGCCAUCUACACUCCCUUCGCCAUCGCCUUGGCCGCCGGUAAUUUGCACAUCGAUUCCUUUCGCCAUUACAUCGCUCAAGACGUUCAUUUUCUUCGCGCCUUUGCUAAAGCGUACGAGUUGGCUGAAGAGCGUGCUGAUGAUGAUGAUGCAAAACUUGGAAUUUCUGAGUUGAGGAAGGCAGUUCUCGAGGAGCUGAAGAUGCAUGACUCACUGGUACAGGAAUGGGGGUUGGACUUUGCCAAAGAGCACAGCAUUAAUUCUGCAACUGUUAAAUACACAGAUUUUCUGCGGGAUACAGCCUCUGGGAAGAUUGAAGGACUGAAAGGUCUUGCAACACCAUUUGAGAAAACAAAAAUUGCCGCUUAUACUUUAGGUGCCAUGACUCCUUGCAUGAGACUUUAUGCCUUUUUGGGUAAGAAGUUCCAGGAACUUCUUGAUUCCAACGAAAGUACUCACCCUUAUAACAAGUGGAUCGACAACUAUUCCUCUGAUGGUUUCCAGGCUUCUACUCUGCAAACUGAAGAUUUGCUCGACAAACUAAGUGUCUCUUUGACUGGUGAAGAACUCGAUGUCAUUGAAAAGCUUUAUUACCAAGCAAUGAAGCUUGAAAUAGAGUUCUUCUCUGCUCAGCCACUCUAUCAGCCAACUAUAGUACCCUUAACUAAAGGACAUAACCCUGCAGAAGAUCGUCUCAUAAUUUUUUCUGAUUUUGAUUUAACAUGCACCGUUGUUGAUUCAUCGGCCAUCUUGGCAGAAAUUGCUAUAGUGACGGCAUCAAAAUCUGAUCAGAAUCAGCCUGAAGAUCAAAUUGUUCGGAUGUCAUCUUCUGACCUCAGGAAUACAUGGAGUUUUCUAUCCAGACAGUAUACAGAGGAGUACGAGCAAUGCAUCGAAAGCAUUAUUCCUUCCAGUGGAUUGGACCAUUUUGAUUAUAAAGAACUAUCUAUAGCACUUGAGAAACUUUCACAAUUUGAGAACACUGCAAAUAAUAGGGUUAUCGAGUCAGGGGUGCUCAAGGGUAUAAAUCUAGAAGAUAUAAAGCGUGCUGGAGAGCGUCUGAUCCUUCAAGAUGGUUGCACUAAAUUCUUUCAGAGAAUUGUCAAGAAUGAAAAUUUGAAUGCCAAUGUGCAUGUUCUUUCGUACUGCUGGUGUGAUGACCUCAUUAGGUCUGCUUUCUCUUCAGCUGACUUAAAUGAGUUGAAUGUUCAUGCUAAUGAGUUCACGUAUGAGGGAUCUGUUUCCACGGGUGAAAUUGUUAAGAAGGUGGAGUCUCCCAUUGACAAAGUUGAAGCUUUUCGUAAUAUAAUGAAAAGUUGCAAUGAUGAUAAGAAGAACUUAACUAUUUACAUUGGAGAUUCAGUGGGUGAUUUACUUUGCCUACUUGAAGCAGAUGUAGGAAUUGUGAUUGGUUCAAGUUCAAGCCUUAGGAGAGUAGGGACGCAGUUUGGUAUUUCAUUUGUCCCGUUGUUUUCUGGCUUGGUUAAGAAACAGAAAGAAUACAUUGAAGGAAGCACUUCUAAUUGGAAGGGUUUAUCUGGCAUUCUUUACACAGUCUCUAGUUGGGCUGAAGUGCAUGCUUUUAUUUUGGGUUGCUAGUCUUAUUUUGUGUCUCACGCACCCAAGUUCAUGCUCGUAGGCUAAAAGAAAGAAACAUAUAUAUAUAUAUAUAGUACAAUACAAAUACACAAGCAGGUGGCUAAUUUUAUAAGCGGCCACAGAUUUUCUGCUGUCUCUCUUAUUUCUCUUACAGGAUGUUGCAAUUGAGAGAUAUGGUGUCAUUCUGAUUAGUGGAUAUGCUGUAACCAGGGUAUCUGCGAUUUCCUGGAAUUUUCUGAAGUGUUUCUUUGAAGUAUCUGUUUGCUUAUUGUUAUUGAUAUCUUCUUUCCCCUUAAAUCUUGUCAGGUAUGAGAAAUUUCAGACAGCAAUAAUUCAAAUGCUUGUUAGAUCAGGACAUCAAUUCAGGCUUUGAAGUGUUGUACUGGUAUUUAGUAGGCUAUUGCUGUUCCAUAAUUUUAAGGAUUCGGCAAAGAUCCUGUGUAUUUUCAGUUGACUCCUUGAUCAUUUAUGAAUGCAGAUGCAGAAAUGAUGUUCAUCUUUAUAUUGGGACACUUAUUUUAUUUUAUUGUUUUUUUUUCAAUAUUUUAUUUUUCAGUUUUAUGCUAUGUUUAUAGUUCCAAUCUCUCCAAUAUGAUUUUGGAAUUUUUAUUGGAUAU